AUUGCUCGAACGACCAUGGCACAGACAGCACGUAUCGUCAUCCCUGCUACCAACCGCGAGGUAACCAUCCCUUCUGGCUUGUUCAUCAACAACCAGUUCGUCCCCUCAGCAGACUCUCAAGAGCUCAUUCAUACUAUCAAUCCCGCUACUGAAGAACCUCUUUGUUCCGUAGUUGCAGGAUCCGCGAAAGAUAUCGACAUAGCUGUUGCGGCUGCUCGUCAAGCAUUCAAGACGACAUGGGGAAAGAAUGUCACUGGAUUUGAAAGAUCCAGGUUACUGAACAAGCUCGCCGAUCUUAUGGAGAGGGACGCGCAGGCGCUUGCUGAGGUCGAGAGUCUUAACAAUGGAAAGCCUGUCAGAAUUGCUAGGGACUUCGAUAUCGGCGACAGCAUCCAGUGUCUACGUUACUACGCUGGUUGGGCUGAUAAGAUUCUGGGUCAGACCAUCGAAGUCGACAACAAGACAAAAUUGGCUUUCACUCGUCAUGAUCCUAUUGGCGUUUGUGGACAAAUAAUCCCAUGGAACUAUCCCAUCAACAUGUGGGCUUGGAAGGUAGCUCCCGCACUAGCGUGUGGUUGCACCAUCGUGAUGAAGCCAUCCGAGUUGACGCCCCUAACCGCUCUGAUGCUAUCACAGCUCAUCGUCGAAGCUGGUUUCCCUCCAGGCGUAGUGAACACUGUUCCCUCCCUGGGAUCCGUUGGUGGCGCCGCAUUGGCAUCACACAAGGACGUCGAUAAAGUGGCGUUCACAGGAUCGACUAUUACUGGUCGUAAGAUCAUGGAAGCGGCAGCCAAGAGCAAUUUGAAGAAGGUCUCUCUUGAACUCGGUGGUAAAUCACCACAUCUCGUGUUUGAAUCCGCGGAUCUUGAUCAGGCAGCUAACUGGGCCGCUUUGGGCAUCCUGUACAACACUGGCCAGGACUGCACGGCCGGUUCGCGGCUGUACGUUCAGAAUUCGAUAUACGACAAAUUCGUAUCAUUGCUUGUUGAGAAGUCGAAGCAGCUCGUUGUAGGUGAUGGCUUUGAUGAGAAAACCGCCGGAGGGCCGUUGGUGUCUAAAACACAAUACGACAAAGUGAUGGGGUAUAUAGAGAGUGGAAAAUCCCAGGGUGCAAAGGCGAUACUUGGCGGCGAGAAACGACCUGGGAAAGGUUACUUCGUCGACCCCACUAUAUUCACGGAUAUCACACAGAGCAUGAAGAUCGUCCAGGAAGAGAUCUUCGGCCCAGUUCUGUCAGUCGGAAGGUUCAGCACUGAAGAGGAAGCCAUAACGUUGGCAAAUGACACGACUUAUGGCCUCGGUGCUGGACUUCACUCUAACGAUGCCAAUCAAUGUAUGCGCGUGUCGUCCAUGCUUGAAGCAGGAACUGUCUGGAUCAACCAGUACAAUCUUUUGAACAAUAACGUACCGUUUGGCGGUAAAAAACAGAGCGGCAUCGGCCGAGAACUGGGUAGCUACGCUUUAGACGAAUACACCUCUGUGAAAGCAGUGCACUGGAACUUUGGAGAGAAAUUGGACUGGCCAUUGUAGUUGAAGUAUGGUAUGCCUCUUCCAGAGAGAAAGUCUAGGAGUCGACAAGAAAUUGUAUUUUUAUCUGUAGUUUCAAGCCUCGUAUCUUGGACUAACACCUAAGACUGAAAUACACUACAGUUUUUUGCAUGCGUAUGGCCCAGACUUAUGUAAGAUGAAUACAGCGGCGACUGAAGUAAACUUGGUGAGUCGAUCGAAUCGUUGAUGCACAGGCGCUAACUAGAACAAGAAAUACAGGUUGGGGGCACGGUACGCCAGGCUACAUGUAAUGACAGUGGAGUAGGGCGAUACAUAAAGAAAAAAUACUUGUCUAGAUGGAGAAAGAAUCUGCUGCCGAAGUCGAGAAUGAAGAAGAAAAAAGGCGCAUCUAUGCAAAAACCCUUCCGACGCCAAAAAAUAAUGCUGCCGUCGCUGCAAGUACAGCCAUACCACUGAAAACCAUCUGGCCCAUAGCCCCGCUCUUGCCGCCUGCUUGCUUCCCAGAAGGCGAGUCCGAAGGCUUUGAACCAGAACUUGAAGAACCUGUGGAUUUCCCACCUCCACCACUGUUGCCUUUGGGCGUAGUGUUGUUAGAUUUGGCGGUCCUCUCG